AUUUCUUAAUUCGAUAGUAAACAGUCUAUCGUCAAGUUAUACCUACUAGCCAACCUUGAAAAUUGUAGCUAGGUGUUUUUUUUUUUUUUUCAAGAAGAAAAAUGCCUACAGAGCUUGAGGAAUUGGUCGGCUUCAUUGUCGAUCCAAAACCAGAGAUUCGAGCUCUUGCAACGGAACACCUCGUUCCGUAUUCGACAUCCCAACCCAGUAUCUUCAAAGCAGAAAACUUCAAGCCUGUCAAGAACUUGAAACUUUUAAUAAAAGACCACCCAAAAAUUGCCGAGCAUGUUAUAACCAUACUCAUCAAUCUCGCGGCUGAUCGCGAAAUCUUAGAAAUAUUAGCUACAGAUGAUAAGUUCUUAGACGAAGUCCUUAGGCAGAUCAUAGUCGCCAACGAGCCCAAUGCAAACCUCUUAUCUAUGCUGCUAGCGAAUCUUUCCAAGUGGGAUUCUCUGAAGAGGAUUCUGGACAAAAAGCAGCCAUCUCCAGAAGAACUUGGGUCAUCUGAUUUGGUCUUGAGCCAGUUGGUUGAUCUAUUUGUCAAGGGUGCCGAUGGGACGUACAACAAAAACGCUGAUUUCGACCAUUUGGCUUAUCUCUUUGCUGAUCUAACAAAACACCCCGAGAUCCGGCAUUACUUCGUGCGGAAGCAAGAGUAUGACGGUGUAAUACCUAUCACGAAGUUGAAGGUUUUCACCGAGUAUAAGUCGGACGUCAGGCGAAAGGGAGUCGCAUCCACCAUCAAAAACGUCGCCUUUGAUGUACCUUCACAUCCAUUAUUUCUGUCAGAGGAUGACAUCAACAUAUUGCCAUAUAUCUUGUUGCCAAUUAUGGGGAACGAGGAGUACGAUGAGGACGAGAUGAUGUCGAUGCUUCCUGAUCUUCAACUUCUUCCCCCCGACAAGCAACGAGAUGCUGACCCGAACAUCAUUCAAACGCACGUCGAGACACUGUUGCUUUUCUCGAGUACCAAGGAAGGUAGAGACCAGAUGCGCGAAGUUAAGGUCUACCCAAUCAUUCGAGAAACGCACUUACGCGUCAAUAACGAAGGCGUCCGUGAUGCCUGCGAAAGAUUAGUCCAAGUUCUAAUGAGGGACGAGGCAGAUCCAGAUAAGGUGGGGGAUAAUGCCGACCAAGACGGCAACGAAGACGACGAUGACCAAAUUGUCGAGGUAUAAACCACAUGUACUGGUUUCCUCGCAUAUUACUGGUGUAACUGUCACAGCUCGCUUAAAGCCGGUAGAGCUUAGAA